AUGAAUUCGCCGAUAACAGUGAUCGCCCUAUGUUUGCUUAUCUCCUGCCAAGGGCAACAUCAAAAUACACCUCCUAACAUCGUUAUGUUUCUUGUGGAUGAUCUGGGAUAUGGAGACCUCGGUUGUUAUGGCAAUGAGACAGCCAAGACUCCCAACGUGGAUCGUUUGGCAGCGGAGGGAGUUCGUCUAACAAGGAUGUACUCCCAUGCUACAUGCACCCCUAGUAGAGCAUCGCUUUUAACAGGCCGUCUACCAGUGCGACAAGGUCUCAUGAAAGGCGACAUUCUUCCCUUUGAUGUAUUGAUGUCGGCAGCGUCGGACGCAGGGCUGCCACAUGAUGAGACUACAAUUGCUGAAAUACUGCAAUCCAACGGUUACGUUACCGCUAUGUUUGGUAAAUGGCAUCUUGGUUUAGGGCGUAAUCGUCGAUUUCUACCCACCAAGCAUGGAUUUAACAGCUUCUUCGGGACACUGUUCUCUCACGGACAACCCUGCACCACGGAUUAUUCUGGAUUUAGAAAUCUUGCUUUGUUUUUACAUUUUCUUCAAACCUGUUUCAAAAUUUGGAAAGCGAUCAUGUUGUGCGUGUUGUUUUUAUGGUUGACAAGAUUAUCCAGCAACAAAACAACGGUCAUAUUCUUAACAAGUGCAGCACUAUCAUGCGUAAUGAUGUAUACUUAUUUUUACACGUUAACGGCACUAAAUCCAAGCACUUGUAUCCUUUUUAGAAAUCAAAACAUUGUAGAACAGCCUUAUAAAUAUGAAAAUCUAACUAUAAGGUAUACAAAGGAGGCGCUUACUUUCAUGCAUCAGAGCUUGAAUGCCGGAAGUCCAUUUUUCGUGUACAUGGCCUACAAUCAGAUGCAUCCCCCAGUAUUUGUGUCGGCUAAGUUUAAGAAUAUUACAGGUCGUGGCAUCUAUCAAGACGCCUUGAUGGAAAUGGACUGGAGUGUUGGGAAGAUCACAAAGUUCUUGACAGAAAGACAAUUAAAUAACAACACUUUGAUCAUAUUUUUGUCGGAUAACGGCCCAGAAAUAUACAGGCCAGGUAUAGGAAUCAUUCUUCCUGCAGCGAUGCGGGGGUCGGCAGGUGUCAUUGUAGAUGGACAAGGAGAAAGUAUUUAUCUACGAGGACAUAAAACAAAUAAUUGGGAAGGUGGUAUACGAGUACCGGGUAUCAUCAAAUGGACUGGCAAGAUACCAAACGCACACACUAUAAACGUCACAACUUCUCUCAUGGACAUUUUGCCAACGGUUCUGGACUUGAUAGAGAUUCCUUAUUCAGGGAAUAAUGUUUUGGACGGCAAAAGUCUGGUUCCUUUAAUGUUUGACAAGUCCCUCCCCUCUCCUCAUCAGUUUCUAUUUCACUAUUGUGACAUGCAUAAACCAGCAGCCGUUACGUACGGACGGUUCAAAGCACACUUCAUGCACAGUCCUACUGCCAUUAGCUGUAAUGGAGAGGAGCUUAAUCCACCUUUGCUGUUCGAUAUUGAGGCGGAUCCUGGUGAGAGUAGACCAUUGCAGCUCGAGAAUUAUUCAGAAAUAAUAAGUGAUAUUAACCAAGCUGUGGAGCGUCACCUUAUCACUCGCUUAUCAGACCAAUUUGACAGUGGUUCUCAAUACGACUAUAUGAUGUGGCCGUGGCUCUUUCCGUGCGCUAACUUUCCAUUUUGCCACCAAGAGAUCACAGAUGACAAAGACAUACAAUUGGAAGAAAACGAAUACUAAGUACAUAAUAACAUACGUAGGCCUGUACAGGUAGCCUGUGUUAAUACUAAUAGCUUCACCAUUUCGUCCAAUUCACAUAUGGAAUUUGCAUCGUAGAUGCACAUCCGUCAUUAACUUUUGCCAGAUUGCCGGGAAUGGCGAUAUACAACUGUAUUUCCAAAUAUCAAAUUAAUUUCUGGAACUUGCAUUUUGCAACUUGCGACGUUGCGUCCGAAACCCGGUAUAUCCCAUGCAUGAGACAGGCUAAAAGAAGCACGCCCUUUCUGUUGAGGGAUGGCUGUUCGUCGCAAGUUGCAAAAGUAAGUUCCAAAGAAAAAAAUUCAUUCGAUAUUUAAUUUUAAUUCAUAUGCUAAACAAUUACGUAUACUGAUAUUUUUCAUAACUUCACCGUUCAUGAUUAUUGUUUCAGGCAUAUUGUGCCUUUAAUUAUUUUGUACAGAACUAUAAUUUAAACUGUCCACUGUCGUAAACGAAGUAGAAUAUAAUGGCGAAAUAAAUGUAUUACAUAGCUAAAGGCAAACAAUCAUAUUGAAAAAAAAAAAUCAUAUUGUGCACAUCUAGGAGUAUAUAGACUAUAGGUUUGGUUAGAUAUCAUAAAGGGUCAGUUUACCCCGUAGGGGUUCCGCUUGACCCCCUAUAUGUGGGGUAAAACGGAUCAGAGAUGGGGCCCUUAUACCAGGGGCCAUUCAGAAUUUUCAAUGUUUUAAAAUUUCGACUUUUUUUCAAAAUUAUUUUG